AUGUCAGCCAACCAAGAGCACCGGGUAACACCCAUCGCCAUAAUCGGCAUGUCCUGCCGGCUGUCGGGCGACGUGUCUAACCCUGAGGACUUCUGGACACUCCUGUCUCGGUCACGAAGCGGCUGGCAGGAGAUACCAGAAGACAGGUUCGCCAUGGGAGCCUUUCACCAUCCCAACCCUCAGAAGAAGGGGUGCAUCAACGCCAAGGGGGGUUAUUUUAUGAAUCAGGACCUGUCGCGGUUCGAUGCCCCGUUUUUUAACAUCACAGAGCAGGAAGCCUUGGCUAUGGACCCACAACAACGGCAGCUACUCGAGUGUACGUAUGAGGCUCUUGAGAAUGCUGGUGUUCCCAAAGAGACCAUUGCUGGCCGCAACAUUGGAGUCUUUGUUGGCGGUGCCUCAUCAGACUAUCGCAUGGGCACUCUGCGUGAUGUGAACCGAGUACCCAUGUUUGAUGCCACUGGCAAUCACCAGUCCAUCCAAGCGGGUCGCUUGUCUUACUACUUUGACUUUCGUGGACCCUGCUCGUCGAUAGACACCGCAUGCUCAUCUAGCUUGUAUGCUCUGCAUCAGGCUGUGCAGAGUAUUAGAUCCGGCGAGUCUGAGCAGGCCGUUGUGGCUGCUGCCAACCUGCACCUCCAGCCUGAUGAUUACAUCUCCAUGUCGAUGCUAGGAAUCUUCAAUGAGCACGGAAAGACCUUUGCUUUCGAUGAGAGAGCCAAGUCUGGCUUCGCCCGAGGUGAGGGCGUUGGUGCCCUACUUCUGAAGCCUCUUGACCAGGCUCUGAAGGACAAUGACAAGAUCCGCUCAGUCAUUGUCAACACUGGCACAAACCAAGAUGGAAAGACAGUUGGCAUCUCAACGCCAAGCGGCGAGGCUCAGGAGCGUCUCAUGCGUGAUGUCUACGCCAGGGCAGGCAUCAACCCUGAAGAGGUCGGCUUCAUCGAAGCCCACGGCACGGGAACAAAAGUCGGUGACCCAAUCGAAGCCGGCGCCCUUUCUCGCGUCUUCGGCAAGGGUCGCACCAAGCGCUUCCCUCUCUACAUAGGGUCCGUCAAGACAAACGUCGGACAUCUCGAAAAUGCUAGUGGCAUUGCAUCCAUCAUCAAGGCGACCCUAAUGCUUGAGAAGGGCUUCAUCCUGCCUAAUCUCAACUUUGAAAAGGCAAACCCCAGUAUCCCCUUGGAUCAGUGGAACAUGAAGGUUCCUAUCAACAUCCGUCCUUGGCCAAAGAACAAGCGGUACAUCAGCAUCAACAACUUUGGCUUCGGAGGAUCCAAUGCACAUGCUGUUCUGGAACGUCCGCCCGUUUCUCUUUCGGAUUUGCCAAUUGAGUCGAAGAAUCAGUGUCCCAAGCUGUUCGUCUUGUCCGCUCACGAUGAGGGUGCACUCAAGCGCCUGACGUCGCAACUUGGUGUCUACAUCGAGCAGCACCCUGAGGUCUUUCAGAAGCGUCUCAUCCGAGACAUUGCCUACACACUAGGUGAGCGUAGAUCUCAUCUUCAGUGGCGAACUGCCCUGGCAGCGACAUCUCUUGAUGAGCUUGCCCUGUCGCUCAAUGGCAUCGAGGCCCUGCCAAGCAGAGCAGCCAAGGUGCCCAAGCUGGCGUUCGUUUACACCGGCCAAGGAGCUCAGUGGGCUGGCAUGGGUCGCGAACUACUCAACAGCCAUCGCAUCUUCGCUGAUACAGUUGAGGCUGCCGACGACUGCCUCAAGCGUAUGGGUGCGAGUUUCUCUCUCAUCGAGGAGCUCAACAAGGGCAAGGAAGAGUCGCAGAUCGGCAAGGCGCACAUCAGCCAGCCUAUCUGCACCGCGGUUCAGUUGGGCUUGACUGCCUUGCUUGAGUCCUGGGGCAUCAAGCCUUCAAUGGUAGUCGGCCACUCCAGUGGUGAAAUUGGAGCUGCUUUUGCCACUGGUGCCAUCACUCUCGAGGCUGCCAUGGCCGCUGCUUACCACCGUGGUCAGGCCGCCCUGAAGAUGAAGGCCAAGUUCCCUGAUCUCCGAGGCUCAAUGAUUGCCGUGGGCGCUGGCCCAGCCGAGAUGAAGGAGCUGAUCCAGUCUCUGGGUCUGACCUCCAUUGUUGUGGCUUGUGAGAACUCGCCCUCCUCCGUCACGGUAUCUGGAGAUGAGGAUGCCAUCGACAAGCUUGCCGUCGAACUUGAGAAUCGCAGCAUCUUCAACCGCAAGCUGCGUGUUGAUGUGGCCUACCACUCACCACACAUGCAGCUCGUCGCUGAUGACUACAUGGCUUCGAUCAGCAACACCAAGAGCCAAGACUGCGACGGAGUUGCUUUCUACUCUUCUCUGAACGGUAACAAACUCGACUCGACAGCUGACCUGGGCCCAUCAUACUGGGUCGACAACCUGACCAAGCCCGUCCUUUUCUCGUCGGCUUUGAAGGAGCUGUACGAAGACGGUCAGCCUGACAUGAUUGUCGAAAUUGGGCCUCACUCGGCCUUGGAGGGCCCUAUCAAGCAGAUUCUUAAGGCUAUCAGCAGCCAAGCCUCCGGUGUCAAGUACCAGUCGUCGCUUGUGCGCAACCAACACGCCACGACCACGGCGAUCAAGCUUGCUGGUGCUCUGUUUGUCAAGGGCUACCCUGUCAACUUCAGCGCUAUCAACGAGGAUGACGAUGGCGCCCAGAAGCCUUCUUUGGUCGCUGACUUUGCGCCGUACCCGUGGGCGGACCGGAAGUACUGGUUCGAGUCUCGGUCCAGUAAGCAGCAUCGCCUCAAGCCAUUCCCUCGUCACGACCUGCUGGGCACACUCGAAGACAACUACAGCGAGCUGGAUCCUACCUGGCGAAACGUCAUUACUGUUGAUGACGUGCCGUGGUUGAAGCACCACAAGAUGCAGUCGCUGACAACCAUGCCUUUGGCAGCUUACCUCUGCAUGGCAGUGGAGGCCUCUAUGCAGCGUGCUGGUCUGCGUGGCAUCCCUGCUGAGCAAAUCCUUGGAUACCGGCUUCGCGAGAUCUGUGUGUCCAAGGCAUUUGUGCUUGACGACAGCUCCGAGUAUGAGACAGUUGUAACACUGCGAUCGUACUCCGAAGGCACCCGCGCCCAAUCCUCCGACUGGGACGAGUUCCGGAUUGCGUCUUGGAACUCUAGCAGAGGCUGGCUGGAACAUUGCACAGGUCUUGUCGCCGUUCGGAAGCAAGACACCUCCAACGCUGUCAGCCAGGGCAGUACACAUGGUGCUCGUGCACGCAAGACUGCCGCCGAUAAGAUCCGCGGCGGCGAGCUGUCUACCCAAGACUUUUACUCUGAACUUGAGGGAUUUGGUGCUGAGUAUGGAUCUUUGUUCCAGCUUCAGCCGUCGGGCGGUCUCAAGGUGGCAGGAGAGUACUCUACCAGUGGCGCCAUCGUACCUGACACCGCUUCGAGUAUGCCCUUCACCCACGAGACUCCUUCGAUCCUACCAGCAGCUUUCACAGAUCUGUUUGUUCAGCUGACUUUCGCCAUUUUUGGUGCUGGACGAGGCGAUAUGAAGUCUCUCUUCAUGCCUACAGCCAUCAAGGAGCUUGAGAUCAGCAGCAAGCUUCCAAGCUUGACGGGUCAGCAAGUCCAGGUUGUUGCUCACGGCAAACCCAACCCUGCUAGCCCUGGACCUGUCGACUUCUUCGUCGAUGUCUGGAACACGGAGUCUGCCACCGAGCCUCUCUUGAAGAUGGAUGGCUUCCGUAUGACACCCGUCAAUGGUGACAUGGGGCAAGAGCAGGUCCCUCGCUCGCUGUGCUACAAGAUCCAGUGGGAGCAAUUGAACCCUCUCGACCUGGAGAGUCCCGCAAGCGAGAAGAGCCUUGAGAUGGUUCCCCGUCGCGUCAGCAGCGACAGCACGGGUUGCUCAUCGUCCAGCGAAGGUCUUAGCGAGAGCCCCAGGUCCGUCGGUACACCUAUCAGUAGCCGGGGCAGUGUCAGCCAGGAUGGCCAACCGGCCGAAACGCAUGCCCUGCGUUUCGCGCUCGACGGCACCGUCCUUGGGGAGCCGAUCGUCAUCAUCUCUGACAAGGACGAAAGUGAUCCGCUUAUUGGGGCGCUGGUGAAUCUCACUGAUCUCCAUACCGGAUCCAAGCCUACCAUUGUUCCCUUCUCCAAGGUCGAACCUUCGGCAGUCCCAUACAUCUGUCUCGCUGAGCUUGACGGCCCGCUACUCCAAGGGCUGUCGGCAGACACGUUCAAUCGCCUACAAAAGCUUCUUCUGACAUCCUCCUCCAUGCUUUGGGUCAGCGCAGGUGGCUAUCGAUACGCCGAGAAGCCCGAGAACAACAUGGCUCAAGGCCUGCUCCGAUCGGUGCGCUCCGAGGCAAGCAAGACAGCGGCGCUUCUAGACCUGGACCCUAACUCCCGGCUCGAUGCCUACGGUCGGGCGGAACUCAUUCUUGAGGCUUUGACUACGUCGCUCGUCAAGCCCCAAGAUGACACGCCUGUGGACUUUGAGUUCGCCGAAGAGGAUGGCCAGCUCGUGGUGCCCCGCGUUGUGGAGUCUGAAGACAUGAACCUCGCCAUCUUCCGCGAGACCCAGGACUCGGCUCCAUAUCUGCAGGAGUUUGAUCAGCCUGGACGUCGACUCAAGGUGGCUGUUGGCACCUAUGGAGCUCUCGACUCGUUGUACUUCAAGGACGAUAUUGAGCUUCCUCUGGCUGAAGAUGAGAUCGAGAUCAAGGUAGCCGCCACUGGCAUGAACUUCAAGGACGUGGUGAUUGCCAUGGGCCAGGUUAGCAGCCCGUACCUUGGUGUUGAGUGUAGCGGUAUUGUCAGCAGGGCCGGCUCAGGAGUGACAUCACUGUCUAUCGGCGACAGAGUCUGCGCCAUGUCUCUGGGUGCAUACAGCACGUUCGCCAGAUGCCCCGCGACCAGCGCCGCCAUCAUCCCCGACAACAUGAGCUUUGAGACAGCCGCCUCCAUCCCCGUUGUCUACAGCACUGCCUACUACGGCAUUGUCAACCUCGCCCACCUGCAGCCUGGUGAACGAAUUCUCAUCCAUGCCGCGUCAGGUGGUGUCGGCCAAGCCGCGGUCCAACUCGCCCAGAUGAUCGGGGCUGAGAUUUACGCAACUGUUGGCAGCGCCGAGAAGAAAAACCUGCUGAUAGACACGUACGGUAUCCCCGAAGACCACAUCUUCUACAGUCGCAACACAGACUUUGGGCCAGCCAUUCGGGAAGCGACCAAUGGUGAGGGUGUCGACGUUGUCAUCAACUCACUCGCUGGUGAUCUCCUCCGCGAGACCUGGGAGUGUGUGUCCCACUUCGGACGCUUCAUCGAGAUUGGCAAGAGAGAUAUCACGUCCAACACGAGGCUGGAGAUGAACAAGUUUGAGUACAACCGUACUUUUAGCUCGGUCGACCUCACACUUGUGGCUGCCGAGCGACCUAGGAUUAUGAAGCGCGUGCUGACGUCCGUCAUGAACCUGUUGGCCGAAGAUGUGGUGAAGCCAGUCGGACCUAUCAUCACGGUCGGGAUUUCCGAGGUUGAGACUGCUUUGCGCAAGCUUCAGAGCGGAAAGACUUCUGGCAAGGUUAUUGUCAGCCCCCGAGCUGGCGAGAGAGUCAAGGCUACGCAUCCUCAGGGAAGCUCUACCUUGCUUCAAGGCGAGGCUACCUACUUCAUCAUUGGUGGCACCGGCGGCAUUGGCCGUUCCAUGGCCAGACGGAUGAUCCAGUUGGGUGCUCGACACAUCGUACUCCUAUCGCGCACCGCAAGAGUAACUGGAGAGCUUGGCCAGCUAUCGGAAUACGCCAGAACUCAGGGUGCCAGUAUCUACCUGCGGGCUUGCGACGUUGCCAAUGAGAAGAGCGUCGGGGCUCUUGUUGAAGAGUCAGGACGAACAUUGCCUCCCGUUCGCGGUGUCAUCCACGCUGCAAUGGUGCUUAGAGACGUGCUGUUCGAGAAGAUGACAUUUGAAGACUACGACCUCGUGGUCCGGUCCAAGGUGCAUGGCGCAUGGAACUUCCACAAGGCGCUUCUCAAUACUCCUUUGGACUUUUUCGUGAUGCUCUCCUCUGUCGCUGGCAUCGUGGGCAACAGAGGUCAAGCUGCGUACUCGGCUGCCAAUACCUACCUCGACGCAUUCACUCAACAUCGUCUUCGCAACGGCCUCCCUGCGACAUGUCUAAACUUGGGAGCUGUCUCGGGUGUCGGCUAUCUGGCAGAGAACUCGGCCAAGCAAGCGCAGGUGCUCAAGAACCUCUCGGGCUCCACAGUCGACGAGUCUGAGGUUCUUGCUCUUCUGGAGCUGGCCCUCAACGGCAAGCUCGGUGUCAUGGCCAAUGACCAGUGUGUAACAGGGCUCGACUUCAGCGACGGGACAUCUCUGCCAUACUACGCCUCCGAUGGAAGAUUCGUCCACCUCCGCCACGCCGCAAUCGUCAAGUCGCAAGACGCAAGCGACCUCCCAGCAUCGGCAUCUCUCACUAUCGCACAAGAGGUUCAGCGAGCGGCUACCAGGGAAGAUGCCCAAGGAAUUGUUACAAUCGGCCUACGCGAUAAGCUCGGCGCAAUCCUCAUGCUGCCACCCGAGGUCCUGCAGUCUCACCAAGGGAAUGCUCCUGUGACGGCAUUUGGAUUGGAUUCUCUCAACGCCAUCGAGCUUCGGAACUGGAUAACCAAGGAACUACAGGCACAUCUGCAGAUUUUGGAACUGCUUACGAGCAGCAGCUUAGGCGAUCUUGCUUCAUUGGUGUUGAAAAAGUCAAGGCUCGGGGAUGUCUGGCGUAAGAACGAGGCAGAGACAUGA